GCUUUUUUGGUUUAAAUAUCCACCAGAACCUGAAGCCACACUCAACUCUUCACUUAUCCCACUGUCUCAUCCCCCUGUUUCUUUCUCUGCUUUUCCUCCUCUGCAUCUGCAAGAACAAGAAACAAAGCUACAGUUCAGCAAUGGAAGACAAAGUGGAGAAUUCCUCGGAUCGAAGGGAAAUGGGAAACCAAGAAAUUCCCACUAGACAGAAGGGAGGUCUUAUCACCAUACCAUUCAUAAUUGCAAAUGAAGCAUUUGAGAAGGUGGCAAGCUAUGGGCUGAUAGCAAAUAUCAUAUUUUACUUGAGGAAGGACUAUCACAUGAGCGUUGCUAAAGCCGCUAAUGUUAUCUUCUUCUGGAAUGCUGCAAUCAGUUUCAUGCCUCUUUUGGGUGCUUUCCUCUCUGAUUCAUAUCUGGGUCGUUUUCUCACCAUUGGCUUUGGUUCCAUGGCCAGUCUAUCGGGGAUAAUUCUUUUAUGGUUAACAGCCAUGAUUCCAAAAUCAAAGCCUCCUCCUUGCAAUCAAUCAACCCAAAGCUGCAGAUCGCCAACACCAGCUCAAUUGGCUCAUCUGUUCUCCUCAUUUGCUCUGAUUUCCAUUGGAGCUGGUGGUGUUAGGCCAUGCUCCAUAGCAUUUGGGGCUGAUCAAUUGGAAAGUAGAGAUAACUCAAAACAUCAAGGGGUCUUAGAGAGCUUCUUUGGUUGGUACUAUGCUUCUUCAUUCCUUGCUGUUGUAAUUGCUUUGACAGGAAUUGUUUACAUACAAGAUCAUGUUGGAUGGAGACUGGGUUUUGGAGUUCCAGCCAUCCUAAUAUUCCUCUCUGUUAUUAUGUUUUUCAUUGCUUCUCCCCUUUAUCUCAAGAAGAAACCAAAGAAAAGCUUGUUUACUGGCUUUGCCCAAGUGAUUGUGGUUGCUUAUAGAAACAGAAACCUCUCGUUUCCCUUUCCAAAUUCAAGUGAGCGUUACCAUCACGGGAAGGAUUCAAAAAUUGUUGUGCCAACUGACAAGUUGAGAUUUUUGAAUAAAGCUUGCAUUACUAGAAAUCCUGAACAAGAAAUAGCCGCUGAUGGCUUAGCUGUCAAUCCGUGGAGACUUUGCACAAUAGAGCAAGUAGAAGAGCUUAAAGCACUAAUAAAGGUCUUACCAUUGUGGAGUACAGGGAUCAUGCUAUCAAUAAAUGCGAGCCAAACCACGUUCAUCUUGAUCCAAGCUAGCUCCAUGGACAGGCACAUUUCUCAAAACUUUGAAAUUCCGCCAGCUUCUUUUGCUACCUUUGGCCUUAUUGUAAUGGUGAUAUGGGUUAUUCUAUAUGACCGCGUGAUUCUCCCCUUGGCCUCAAAGAUCAAGGGUAAACCAGUGCAGCUUGGUGUUAAACUAAGGAUGGGAAUUGGGCUAUUACUUUCGUGCAUGGCAAUGGUAGUUUCAGCAAUUGUUGAGAUGAUUAGACGAGGGAAGGCUAUCCAAGAAGGCAACUCAAGCAAUGAUAGUGCAGUGUCACGCACGUCUGCAGUGUGGCUUGUGCCACAAUAUUGUUUACUUGGCUUAGCUGAAGCUUUUACUGCAAUAGGGCAAACAGAGUUCUUUUAUUCUGAGCUCCCAAAAAGCAUGUCAAGUAUUGCCGCUGCUCUGUUUGGGCUAGGAAUGGCAGUGUCCAAUUUGCUAUCCAGUGUUGUAGUAAGCAUCGUGACUAAGCUAACCUCAAGAGGGGGGAAAGAGAGUUGGGUUUCAAAUAACAUAAACAAAGGUCAUUACGACUAUUACUAUUGGGUUCUUGCCAUAAUGAGUUUCAUCAAUCUGCUAUACUUCCUUCUUUGCAGCUGGGCUUAUGGUCCUUGUGGUGAACAAGCAACAAAAGUAAGAGACACUGGGAAUGACUCAAAAGGUGAAGAAGCUUUAUCUAAUCGAGGGAUUGACGUUAAAGGUGCAAGGGGUUAGAUUGAAGGAAGGAGAAUAAAGAUCCAGAGUCCUGGAGUUUGCUAGCCCAAUUGGCUUUCCCGAUCACUGUAUGAAGUUCAAGUUAGUUUUUACUUACAGCUCUUUUCCUGAUGAUGAGUACUGUUUAAUCAUGGAAUGACUGUUGAAAGUUAUAAGGUGAUGGGGUGGUUAUUAAUUACAAAUAUAGUUUGUGACAGUUCUCCUACAUAUACAUCUUGACUCUUUGUGCCUGAAUUUGUCUAGGUUUCCCCCUGUUAUACCAUUCUCUUUUUUUCUGUUAAUAAAGUAGUACUUGUCAUAUAGUAUUUCACUAUUUUGCCUUGUACUAAGUGACACAUAUUAUGAAUUUUCUUUGUAUGUUCAGCACCCAAUUCAAUCUAU